UCUCUCACAGCAUCCUCCUCCUCUGUCACGGGCGCGCACACAGCGACUCAAUAUUAGAGAACACAGCUUAACCUUCUGCACUCACAUAGAAACAUCAUAACAUCUCAUAAUUACAUUCAUCGACGUUAUUUCUCCACUGGACAUUGAUGAAUUUGCUUAAACGGUCGCCGUAGCGGUCCAUCCGAUCGUUAUUGUUUUUAUUUCCUUCCUAUCUAUCUCCGAUCUACGCUACAAGAUGGCUGAGUUGAAUUUGGGGAAGGGGCUGACUGCAGGGAAAGUGGCCAGCAACGUCCAGAAAAAACUAACUAGAGCGCAAGAAAAGGUUCUCCAGAAGCUUGGCAAGGCUGAUGAGACCAAAGAUGUUGCUUUUGAGGAGGGAGUGAUCAACUUCACCAAACAAUAUGCCGAAGGCAGCAAGCUGCAGAGGGACCUUAGGGCGUACCUGGAGGCAGUGAAAGCCAUGCAUGAGUCCUCCAAGAACGUGCAGGCGUGUCUGGCUGACAUGUAUGAACCAGAAUGGUACGGCAAGAAUGAAGUGGAUUCCAUUGUGGAGGACUGUGAUGUGUUGUGGACUGAUUACCACCAGAAGUUGGUCGAUCAUGCUCUCAUCUCCAUGGAUACUUACCUGGGCCAGUUUCCUGAUAUCAAGGCUCGUAUCGCUAAGAGGGACAGGAAAUUGGUCGAUUACGACAGCGCCAGGCACAACUACGCUGCUACACACAAGACCAAGAAAAAGGAUGGGGGCAUUAAAAUUACCAAGCCCUCCUCUUUGUUGGAGAGGGCCACUCCAGGUUGGGCUCAGGGUAUCCUGUCUGCACACAACGUUGCCCAGAGCAGCCUGUCCAGGAGCCAGGCAGAGGAGGAGUUGGAGAGAGCCCAGAAGGUGUUUGAGGAGAUUAAUAUUGACUUGCAAGAGGAGUUACCUUCGCUCUGGAACAGUCGUGUUGGGUUUUACGUCAGCACCUUCCAGAGUUUGGCUGGCUUCGAGGAGAAGUUUCACAAGGAAAUGAGCCGGUUGGAUCAGGAUUUGUAUGACGUCUUGGAGAAGUUGGAGGGAACAGACACAACCAGCAAGACAGGUAACCAUGGCGCCUCAUCGUCAGGAGCAAAUAGGAGUGGCAAAGAACCAUCUAACCACACUCUCAGGCCAGGAGGACCACCCCCAAUCCCCAAAUCUCCUUCUAAGCUAAAGCCAGCAGUGCCUCCUCCACCCAAGGUGACGCCAUCUAAGGAGAUGAAAACAGAGAACAUCAUCAACCUGUUUGAUGCUGCAGCUACUCCUGAUAUCAGUGUCACCUCCCCUACAGAGUUUGACAGUCAUGCAGUGAGCAGCCUAUUGGACAUGGACCUGGACUCUUUCAAUGCAGCAACCAAAGCCUCCACGGUCACACAGCCUGCAAACUGGGACUCGUGGCCUGAAGACAAUGGUACCCAGGAAGAGGACACCCAGCCGCACUAUGACCCUGUAGCUGCUGCUACACAGGCCUGGGGGGAUGAUGGUUCGCAGCCCCUCCGCUAUGACCCCAUAGCAGCUGCCAAAGAGGGCUGGGGGGAUGACAGCAGCCAACCAGUUUCCUAUGACCCCGUUGCUGCGGCUCAGGAGGGAUGGGGGGAUGAUGAGAACAAGCCGGUUCAUUAUGACCCCGUGGCUGAAGCCCAGGAGAGCUGGGGUGAUGACGAGAGCCAGCCGGUCACAGAGAUGCCUGCUGCCGAGGACGAAACACCUGCGGCUGAGGCUCUGGUCGACAACGCUGAGGAAGAAGCCACCCCAGUUGCCACCACGUUGGAUAAUGAAGAGGGUCAGGAUGAGUCUGCAGCAGCUGCUGCGGCAACACCAGAAGAAGUGACAGCGACAGAAGAGACACCUGCAGUAGCGGCAGAAUCAACAGAAGCAGCAACAGAGCCUGCAGAAAUGCCCCCUGGCUUCAUGUUCAAGGUCCAGGUGAUGCAUGAUUACGCUGCCAAUGACACAGAUGAACUGGAGAUGAAGGCUGGAGAUGUGGUGCUAGUAAUCCCCUUCGACAACCCUGAGGAGCAGGAUGAUGGCUGGCUGAUGGGAAUCAAGCAGGACGACUGGCAGCAGAACAAAGAAAAUCCCACUAAAGGAGUAUUCCCCGAAAACUUCACCCAGAGGCUGUGAAUGAGGAGGAUGAGAUGCCAUUCCAGUUUCUUUCUUUAUGUCUCUCUUCCUCUUGCCUCUAUCCUUCAUACUCUCUCUUGCCCUGAUACUAUAUCCUUACUAGGACUUUGGCCAUAGAAGCAGAGCUGUCACAGCCCUGGCUGAAACCAUGCAUUUCUAAGGUCUGCUACACUGUGCUAAAAGUGGAUCUUGGCAUUUCUGUGGAUUUCUGCCAACAUUUACAAAUUACAGAUGUACGUAGCCAUUUCACAGGUGCCAGUUUGUCUUGCUGCUGUUAUUUAUUCAUACCAGGGGAACUUAUCAGAGAAUCCUGAUCAUACAAGCUUGAUGCAGGGAUGGGGUACCUCUGCAAUGGCUACCACUGUAAUUUCAUUAUAAUGUUAUAUUUUUUGUCAUGUCUUCUCUGUCUUCUCUUCUCAACUCUCCAAGGCAUAUUCCACCACUAUAACAGAGAAAAUAUCUCUUGUUCAUCUCAUAUUGACAGAUUGAGAACUGUGUGAAAUUAUUAAGACAAUGCCAAGUGUAGCAGAGUAUCCCUUACACACACAUACACACGCAUAUACAGUAUAUAUAAAAACCUGGUUAAGGGGGUGUAAUUAAAACCAGGCUGAAAGGACACUGUCACACACUGCGUAGAGUGCUCGCUAUGUUUAGAAAUUCCUUAUUUCACCUCAGUCAAUCUGCGAAAAGACUUUGAACACACAAGGUGCUAAAGUCUAAUCAGCUGAACUGUGCAACUUUAAUUAAUCCUGGGAUUCUCAGACCGGUGAUCAUACUCCUGACACAAUGCCUUUUGGACACACCCAACCAAUCCUUUAUUCCCACUUUAAUUAUCGACUUGUGAAACAUGGACCCUUGGUUGUUGUAGUUUAGAUUCUAUGGUGGUAUAGGCUGUUGUUAAAAUCCUAAUAGAUGCAUAUGCAGUUAACUGAUCAUCAAACACCACCAGCCUAGUUAAAAUGACAGCAGGAAUUCAAUAUGAAAUUGUUUUAAAUAUUCAACCAGGUAUACUGGUCUCGGAGCCCUAUAAAGCAGAAAAACACGACUGCCCAGAUCAUUUUUUGCAGUCGUCUUUUCACGAGGGUCAAAUAUGCAUUAGUCAGGCUUGCUAAGAGGCUAGCCAACAAACUACACCAAUGAGAAGCUGCUACUGGUUGUAUCAUAGUUAGGCAAAUACAGUUACACCCUAAUGCUAUUCAAUAUAUAAUAACUGAGCCAGCCUCAUUCAUUUAAAAAAAAAAAAAAGUGCCGGAAACAGUUCCUUCUGUUUGCAUAGAGACGACUUCACUCAAAUGCAGAUGACUCAGAUUAUGCACCAGAGCAACUUCUUUUAUUUUUGUAUGCUGCCAAGCAAUGAUUACAUAUAGCCUAAUGUAACUAUGUCAACAAAUUGCCAACUGAGGAUGUGAUGGAGUGUUUUGUACUUCUGUCAGGUUUACUGCUCUCAAUAUAGCCGCAUACUGUAGGUAGUUAAAACUAUCUCACAAUCUGUCAUUCAUUCGGUCACUGACGACUCAAAACAGAUUCACAUUUCUCAUGAUGUUAUUAAUAUGUAAUAAGUGUGAGAGAAAAUGUAUGUGCGAUUGUAUGUGUGCGUAUGUGUUUAUGGGUUGUUUGGAAACAAAUUCUUUAUCUAUAGGCUAUUGUUAUUGGACGAUAUCACCACCGCCUACCAGGGGAUUAGGCCGUCCAUCUCACAGGAAGCUUUUCUGACUGGACAAAGACAACUCAAACACAUUUUGGGUCUUUUCCCACUGGCUGGUAUUAUGGUUCCAGGUGUUAUUGUGCAUUUGUUGUGUAUAAGUGUAAUUUUGCCAAGCUGUGAUGACAGAUACAUAUUCUAUAAAGACAUUCAUAUCUGUAUGUGAGUUACUGUGAGCAUGCUGACUUCCAUUGUGUUGUUGUGUGAACACCCUUAAUUUAAGACGAUGACACUUGGUUCACUUUUGAGGCAGUUGAAACAGGCAAUUUUUUUUAUUUUUUAAUUAUUUAUUUUCUUAAUCUUAGUAAGGGGCUGGUGGGCAGUUAUGUGCUGUAUGUUUUUCCACCAUUCCCCCUCAAAUUAGUCCUGAUUAUAAUUGCUGGUUGUCCAUCGACCUUGCCUCAAAAUGUUGCCGCUGUAUCAUGGUCCAAACAGAGUUAAACAUGAUUACAUGGAGACAGGACACAUAGAGAUAAAUUUCAAACCACCAGACUCAGGUGGACAAAUUUUCUAAUGGUUUUCAGUGUUUUAACCUCUUGGGAUGUGCAUGAUUUUUUCAUGUGUAUAUAAAAAGCCUCAUGUGAGAACAUCACCUGCACAUUCAGGUAAACCAAUCACCUCUCACAUUUUGUUUUCAAAUUCUAUGUAUAACUUGGUGAGUGUUUUACCUGGGUCUGGUUCUCUGUCCAUCUUCAUGGAUCAGUCUCCUGCAAUGAGCUGUGGGUACAACAAAAAAGUUUUUUUCCUGUACCUAAUUGACCAAUAAUAAUAAAGAUUACAUAGAAUCCC